GUUUGUGGUUGCCUGGCAACACGGGAGGAGGGCCCUAACCUGCCGGAGUGGGGUUGAGCAGCCGGGUCUGUUUAUUUGGACAGAUCAGCACAACGGGGUUGAAAUUUUGGGGAUGAGUUGCGAAGACUGGAAUUAAUAAUCUAUACGAAGAGAGGCGGAGCGGACGCUGUUCUCGUUGUAGUUGUGUGGUUUGGAGAGGGCGAUAAAAUUCAAACAAUUUUUUUUUUUUUAUUGGGAGAGACGCAUGCAUUUUGCAAGUCGUGUAUUCUUGAAAAUCUUGGUCACUGGUUCUGAAAACAGAGAUAUCGAGAGGGUGCGUGUAGGGUGGGAAUGGCUACCGCUGCAAUGUGUUAAUUUUUUUGCAGUUAAUUGUACUGUUUAAUUUAAUAACAAUCAGAAAACCUAAUUAUUAAGUUAACUUACUAACUCCACCAGAAUCAACACAUUACAUAUCAAGGAAAAGGUGGAAUUCAAUAGAUCUCAGUGUGCCUAUCUAUCUAUCUAUCUAUCUAUCUAUCUAUCUAUCUAUCUAUCUGUCUAUAUGCGCAUGCCAAUUUAGCUAACUGAUAAGGAAAUCUACAAGAACAUCUUAGAAGUUUUAAAAGAGCGUCUUUAUAAUGAUCCUUCAGUUUCUUGUUUUAUUUUACUUAAAGUUCUAGCCAGUUGAAAAGCCGUGUUGUGCGCAGGUUGUACCUUUUAUAUUCAUUCGGCAGUGUGCUUCUGCACGACACAGCGGUGUGGGGGUAAGAAUGACGUCCGAAUCGGUAAAGGUAGUGGUCCGAUGUCGCCCAAUGAAUGAAAGGGAGCGGGCUUUGAACUGCAAAGCGGCGGUGACUAUGGAUAGCGCCCGAUGCCAGUGCUUCAUCCAGAAGCCGGGAGCCACGAAUGAGCCGCCCAAACAGUUCACCUUCGACGGGACCUACUACACUGAUCAGACCACGGAACAGAUGUACAACGAGAUCGCGUACCUGCUGGUGGAGGGGGUAACAGAAGGCUACAAUGGGACCAUUUUUGCGUACGGACAGACGGGCAGUGGGAAGUCCUUUACCAUGCAGGGGAUCACGGACCCCCCUGCCCAGAGGGGAGUCAUCCCCCGAGCUUUCGAGCACAUCUUUGAGAGCAUUCAGUGUGCAGAGAAUACAAAGUUCCUCGUGAGAGCCUCAUACCUUGAAAUCUACAAUGAGGAAAUCCGAGACCUUCUCGGGAACGACACUAAACAGAAGCUGGAGCUGAAGGAGCACCCGGAGCAGGGGGUGUACGUGAAGGAGCUGUCCCUGCACACAGUACACAGUGUGGGGGAGUGCGAGCGCAUCAUGGAGCAGGGCUGGAAGAACCGGUCUGUGGGAUACACCCUGAUGAACAAGGACUCGUCCCGCUCCCACUCCAUCUUCACCAUCCACCUGGAGAUCUCCACCGUCGACCAGUCCGGUGAGGGCCACCUCCGGGCAGGCAAGCUGAACCUGGUGGAUCUGGCUGGCAGUGAGCGGCAGUCCAAGACAGGAGCCACGGGGGAGCGGCUGAGAGAGGCCACUAAGAUCAACCUGUCCCUGUCUGCCCUGGGCAAUGUCAUCUCGGCACUGGUGGACGGGCGCUCCCGACACAUCCCCUACCGAGACUCCAAACUCACCCGGAUGCUGCAGGACUCACUGGGGGGGAACACUCGCACCCUGAUGGUGGCCUGCCUGUCGCCCGCCGACAACAACUACGAAGAGAGCCUGAGCACCCUGCGCUACGCCAACCGAGCCAAGAGCAUCCAGAACCGGCCCCGGAUCAAUGAGGACCCCAAAGACGCCCUGCUGCGAGAGUACCAGGAGGAGAUCAAGCAGCUCCGCGCCCUGCUGACCGGGCAGAUCGGGGACACCAGCCUCUCCACUCUGCUGACCAGCAAGCUCUCAGGAGCGCCUCCUGCAGGUCAGCCCAAGCCUCCACCCAGCCCAUGUGUGGAUAUUGAGGCAGAGAAGGCGAAGAUACGGCAGGAGUAUGAGCAGAAGCUUGCACGGGUGCAGGCAGACUAUACCGCUGAGAAGCAGUGCAAAGUGAAGCUGCAGGAGGACAUCACUACUCUACAGAGCACCUUUGAGAGCAAGCUGGCCAGGCUGGAGGAGAAACGCACUCAACGCACUGGGAGCUCUGAAGAAGACCCGCCCCGCCCAGGCACUGCUGUCCCCCUGCAGGUCACAGCAGCAGAGCAGUCUUUAGCAAAGCCGCAGUCAAACCAGCCCCAGAUAGCCAAGCACAUUGGCAGUGUGCAGAGAGAGAGUGUGGAGGAAGCGGGGGCGGCGAUAGAGGAGGGGGAGGGGGCCACAUCACCAGCCCCCCUGGACCCCAAGCAGGUCCUGGAGAGGCUGCAGCAACUGGAGCAGGAGGUAGUGGGCGGGGAGCAGGCGCGCAACGAGACGCUCCGGGAGCGGCACAAGCAGAGACAGAACCUGGCGGACCAGCGCAAGAAGCAGCUGGUGGAGGCGCUGGCAGCAAACAGUGAGGAGAGCGACAGCAUGCUGCUCAAUGUCUACGACUCCAUCCAGGAGGAGGUGCACGCCAAGAGCAAGCUGCUGGAGGACAUGCACACGAAGCUGAGGGCUGCAGAGAUUGAGAUUGCAGACCUGCAAUCAGAGUUCGAGUUUGAGAGAAUCGAUUACCUGGCUACAAUCCGGCGGCUGGAGCGUGAGGGACAGCUAACGCAGCAGAUCCUGGAGCGCGUGCAGCCGCUCGUCCGUCGAGACUGUAACUACAGCAACAUGGACCGCGUCCGCCGCGAGGCCGUCUGGGACGAGGACAGCGCCACAUGGAGGCUCCCAGAGGUGGUGGCGCUAAAAACAUCCUUGCCUGCAGCGGUUCCUCCUCCAGCUCAUGGCAGUCUGGGAAAGCAGUCAGGACGCAGAAACUCUUCGGCAGAGAAUGGAGAAUUUCUGCUGGAAGAAGAUCGCUACAAGCAGCUGUUGAACCGCAGAGACAGUGAGAACAUUGCCAGCAACUACUUCAAAUCCAAGAGAGCCUCCCAGAUCCUCAACUCUGACCCCAUGAAGAGCCUGGUUGUCCACCCCGCCCCCCUUGGUAAUGGGACAUCCCACCUCAGCCCCAGCACCAUCUCUCCCACACAGAGCCUCGAUGUGCCCCAGCCUCGCCCCUACCGCCUGGAGUCUCUGGAGCUGGCUCCGGCUGCUACCAAGGCCAAGCGCAAGAAAAGCAAAACCAACCCUAACUCCGAUGCGCCCUGACCCACCGUGGGGAAUCUUACCAGCCAAAAGAAACAGGCCAAGAAAAAUCAAUAGAAUUUCUCCAGAGCUCAUUCGCCAUCAAGCACUGGAUGCUUUUUAAAUGGCAAUUUUAACCAUGUACAAUCCAGCCGAGUUUUAUAGAGCUUAAUGAUUGCGUCGCUACUGUAAUUCAUGCAUGUUUGACAAGAACCAGUUGAUGUUGUGUUUUCAGAAAUUCAAUCCUCGUAAUUCCAAAGAACAAACUGCUACACCAGAAGGAGGAGACAGAUCUGCAUGGCUAUUGUCUGAACUGUUAAACUGCUGCUUAAUGAGCCUCAGAAAGACUACUUAGGGGUAAAGCAGGAACUGUCUGUCAGAUCUCUGCAAGAAGUAAAGACUUCAGUUUUGGUUAUAUUGAACUCCCAACUUGGAUAUCAAGCUUAUAUCUGGUGGAUGUCUCGUGGAUCUUCAAUUUCCACACUGACACAAACUAGAGCCCAAAAAUCAUGGCAUGGACAACACAGGAUUCUGUUGCUUUGUAGUAUGUACUUUGCAGCUGUAACAGUUUUCCGUAGCAAAUAAAAUGCACACACAACACUUUUUAAUGUUUGGAGUAAGGAGUUACUUAGAUCUUAAAAUGCAUUUAUUAAAUUAAAUUAUAGCAUGAUUUUGUUGUUAUUGUGACAGUAUAGUUGUGCUGAUCUCUUCUUUCUGAAACCCAAUCCACAGACCCUACAGCUAGGAGAAGAGGUAGUUAUUAGUAACCCCUUCAACUUCUGCUUAGGAACCUUGUGACUGACAAACAGUCUUCUGUAAAAUUUCACUAGAGUAAAUCAGUAUAUGUUCAUAGAUAUCUUUAAAAUUUUAAUCUAGGAAAUCGUCUUGGCAGUUAAAAUAUUUUGCUGUCAAAUAAGUGUUGUAACAUCCAUACCUUGGAGACUGAAGCACGCUACUCAGUUAAAAACUCACAAAAUAAUUAAAAAAAGAUGAACUAUUGUUAAACGGGUUAUCCAGCAACUUGCUUCAGGGUUUACAACGAGACUGGGGCAAAAGGAGGUAAGUGACUAUAUUUUGAAUUCUUUAUUCCCUAUUAUGGAGCAUGAAGUAUUAGACUUUAGGGAUGUUACCUGUACAUGACUUGCUUUUAUAACAGUCCAGGCCAUGGUCUGUACCCAGCGAAGGGUUAGGAGGAACACCUACUAGAGGCAAGAAGUCUAGCAAAUCGCUGGUUAACGCCACUUACACUUGAUAAGAGAACCUGGUACUCUUGAUUAGAGUACCUUCCACAGUGUAUGCAUGUCUAUUUUUAUAACACUUUACUGACAUUUAUAUAAAAACAAUUGAAAUAAAUUCACCA